CAAACAUCAUCCCUCCACACCAACAGGAGUAAACAACAGCACAGCCCCCUGCUUCUCCCCCGAGCCGAGAAGCAAGUUCACGGCGAGCCGGGCAUAUCUUACCAACAAGGAAAGCGGGUAAUUGAUUAUUGGCAACACACCGCACACACGUAACGCACUGAAAGUGAGCAUGCAAGGCAUGAUAACUUUAGAAGCUAGGUACCCAGCAAGGUAAAGAUAGCUAAGGUACUAUUUAUGACUGUAGCUACCCUUACCUACUUCUUUUUCUAAACCUGGAUCGUUCUCACGUCGCUUCUUUUUUCGUAACUGUAAAUCGUUGUUUAUUCUUUUUUUUUUUUUCUAGCCGAGCCCAAUCACUUGCUUUCAUCGCCCUCCUUUUUCAGCCCGGCUUAGGCUUACUCCCCCUCUUUCAAUAAAAGCCAACCAAGCCUAGGCAACUUACCUUACCUUGCUGGGUACUUAGCUUCGGAUAUUUCACCUUGUCUAAAAACCCAGACUACACACACUCGCGUUUAGCUCCCGCGAAGCUGCCUACUUCCUGGUCUCAUGUCCACAUGCCUCUUUAAGGAACCGAUACGCCAAACCACAAAUCUAUACUUAGGGACCCUCACGUGCCCCUUGUAUCCCAGGUUCUUUUUUAUUGUCAUACAAUACCCAGCUUGCUAGGAAACGGUUGCUCCAUGAAUUGCCCUUACCGCCUCAAAGUAGCGUCAACGGUCCUGCAGGAAAAGUCCUGAAAUUGACGCGGCUUUGGUCUCUGUGGCACAUUCACUACAGGGUCGUCCAUUUAUUUUCACACAGUUAAUUCUGUGACAGGAAUCCUGCCGACAAAAAAGCCGUCCCCGGUUUCUUUUGUUUCUGUGUUUUUUUGAGGAGCCAGUGCCUUUUAAAACAGCCAUAACCGGUUUGAGUGUCAGCCAUGGCUACCGCAGUCUUACAACAAAGCGGCCCACGGGUCUUUGGCAACCACGGCAACAUCGAGGCGCUGACAGCAGAGGACUUUGAGACUGCUUCCAUCCACUCGGCAGCUCCAUCCUAUGUCUCCGAGGUGCCGUCGUACCACACCAUCCCGCGCGAGGCAACCCCGGCCUACUCGCCGCCCGAACAGUCAUCGCCCCCGUCGUACAGCUUCAACUCGCACCGCAGCCAACGACGAACCGCCACCACCGCGUCGAUCGACUACUACGCCAACAACUCGUCGCGGCCUAGCCUGAUCCCACCCGCCGACUCGGUCGACGAGCCGACCAUCGGCCUGCCGCCCGUGCCCACUGGGCCGCUCCCCGCGAUUGCCCCGCAGCUCUCGGCCUUUCGCAUCCCGUCGUGGUCCAGCCUCGCCGCAAACAACCCAAAUAACCGCCAGUACCGCAACGUGGCGCAGCGCCGCGCCUCGGCCGCCGCCGUGUCGUCGACGAGGAGGCUCGAUAUUUCGCCCAGUCGCAUGGCCCGGCUUGAGAGAGUCAGCGAGUUGGCCGAGGCCGAGGAGCAGCGCCGCCACCGCCCGCUCGAGGACCCAUACCUGGUAGGUGAGGUCGCGGCCAGGCGCGCCAGGGCCCAGAGGCUAGCAAGGGAGAAUGGCGACGAGGUGCUCGAGAUGGAGAACCGUCGGUGGGAUCUGUUCCUGGCUCAGAUGAGAGACUUUCAGCCUCGCAAUAGGCGAGGAAAUUCGUCCAGGCGCCUCCUAUGAGGGUAUAAUAGCCCUCACCCCCACGAAAACGCCACCGCGAUGGCAAUCUUCCAACAUAAAUCAAACGACGCACACGAACAGAUACCGGCCCAAUGCUGGCCGGGCACGAGCUGCACAAUCCAGCUAGAGCUUUGAUGUUUUUUCUUUUGUCUUUUUGUCUCCUUUGUUCAUCAUUUCGAUUCUGUCGAAUCAUCACCCUCGACCGGGAAAAGGACAUGGGGAUCACCCUUAAGACACAUAUAUUGUUGCAUAUUCCCGGAGUCGUUGAUUUUGGGAUAUUUUUCACAUUUUUUUUUCAUGCAUGAAUUGGCGAGAAUUUCCUUUCCUUUGUCUUUUUUCUUCAAUGUUGGGCAUUUACAGAGAACUGGCAACACAAUUUUCAUGUCAGCAUUUCAAGAUAUUCGAUGCACAGAAGCUGAACAAAUAGGAGACUGAGCUGAACGGCAUAUAUGCCGUAUCUGACUGCAUAACGGAACGGGGAGUCCACUCAGAUUGUUAGGACCGUACAUACUAGCACUAGGGAACACGAGUAUGCUAUGUACCCAUUCGUUCCGCA